UUAGGCUGCGGAACAGCUGAGCGCGUAACAACACAGCACAGUCAGACAGAGAGAGUCUCUGUAAACAACAGCCUAACACAGCAGCGAGAAUAUAAUACAGCAAUAUAAAAGGCUUAACAGGGACACAAGGAACCAUAAAACUCUGUUCUGAUCAAAUCCAGAUUAUUAAUCAGACGGAUUGGAUUAGAACAACAGACACGCACGAUGGGUCGUAUCUUCCUGGAUCACAUCGGAGGCACUCGCCUCUUCUCCUGCGCCAACUGCGAUACCAUCCUGACCAACCGCUCCGAGCUCAUCUCCACACGCUUCACCGGAGCGACAGGACGGGCUUUCCUCUUCAACAAGGUGGUGAACCUGCAGUACAGCGAGGUCCAGGACCGCGUCAUGCUCACAGGGAGGCACAUGGUGCGAGACGUCAGCUGUAAAAACUGCAACAGUAAGCUGGGCUGGAUCUACGAGUUCGCCACCGAGGACAGCCAGCGCUACAAAGAGGGGCGCGUCAUCCUGGAGAGGGCGCUGGUGAGAGAGAGCGAGGGCUUCGAGGAACACGUGCCGUCCGACGCCUCCUGAAUCUCCCUCUCCCCUUUCCUCUCUCUCUCUCUCUAAAUAUCUUUCACGCUGCUCAUCUCGGUCACCGCCGCGUCCAAAUACGACCCGAACAUCGGAAACAAGCAUCCGCUUCUCACCAGCUGGGCCGGCCUCGCUUAGAGACUGACGAACAACAAGAAAAUGGAUCCAGCAGCCCUUCUGCUGCUCGUUUCAAUCAGAACAGGAGUUCCUCUAUUAUUCACUUAAUAUAGAAAACAGAUCCAGCAGGUGAUGGGAAUCAGACAGUUAAUUUAGAAAUAGAUCCAGCAGCCCCUCUGCUGCUCAGUUAAUAUACAAAACAGAUCUAGGAGUCGAUCUAUUGUUUAUUUACUUUAGAAAACAGAUCCAGUAGUCGCUUUACUGUUCAUUUCAAUCAGGACCCGGAUCCAGGAGUCCCUCUAUUGUUUAGUUCAGUUAGAAAACAGAUUCAGGAGUUGAUUUAUUGUUUAGUUUAAUCAGAAAAUAGAUCCAGCAGUCCCCAUUGUGAUUGAUCAGCAUCCUUCUCUCUCCUGAAGGUCUUGUUUUACUUUAAAGCCACUUUUAUUUCUUAUUCAUUAGACGUGAAGAUUAAACUGUGCUCAUUUGAUCUAAAUAAAGUCGACAGUCUUGCUUGAACAA